GUUUCUGCGGCGAUACCAGUCGGGGAGUUCAUCGCUAUGUACAAGUUCUUGGCGGACAUGGACGCCGGGAAAGACGUCAAGUACUACAACGGAUAUAGAGAGGGGGAGUCUCCACCAGAAGAGGAGGCAGAAGAAGAGGCUUCAGCAGAAGCUACUGAUGCUGGCGGCGAAACUCGUGUUGCAAGAAUACUAAACCUGGAUUCAGAUGAAGAAGAAGACUACUGGGGAGACAAGAACGUUCAGAAGCUAACACUCAUCGAUGACCAUGUGGCUCAUAAUGCCAGACUCAGUAUGAAACUCAAUUUGCCAGUGAUUGGCAAGAUUGAGCGGUCUCCAUCCAUUGAGAGAGCGAGAGAAAUAGAAAGAGAUAACUUUAAUAGGGAGAGAAGAGGUAGAGCGGCUCCGUCUGAAGAAACCGAAAAAAAACUGAAACAAAUUAGUACUGGGAAACUAGCUUCGGAUCUUCCUAAAGAAGAGAAAUCCAAGGAAGUAGCAGAUGUACAUGAGAAGCAAGCUGUGGAGAUAUUUGUUUACGAUGAGGAUGAUAAGGAAGUCGAAUACGAGAUAUACGGUUAGAAUACAGUUGUAA